UUGCUCAAAACUUUCUCAUUUCAGACGAAACGAUGCGAAGAUGUGGAUGAAUGUGAGAAAUUCGCCGGACAUGUGUGUGAUCUCUCUGCCGAAUGUCAGAAUACAAUCGGAUCUUUCAUCUGCAAAUGCAAGGAAGGUUUUGAGCUGGCUGCUGAUGGCAGAAGAUGUGAAGAUAUCAACGAAUGCGAACGAGGAACAGCUCAGUGUGAGCAGAAAUGCAUUAACAUUCCUGGUUCAUAUCAAUGUAUCUGCGACAGAGGAUACACUGUUGGUAGCGAUGGCAAAACAUGCGAGGACAUUGACGAGUGUGCACUUUGGGCUGGAUCGGGUAGUGAUCUUUGCAUGGGCGGCUGUGUAAAUACGAAAGGAUCUUAUCUUUGCCAAUGCCCGCCAGGAUACAAAAUUCAGCCGGAUGGACGAACUUGCGUCGAUGUGGACGAAUGUGCUCUAGGCGAAUGUCAAGGGAAAGACAGAAUCUGUGUCAAUACUCUAGGCCAGUAUAAAUGCCACCGAAUCGAAUGUCCACCAAACUACGUUCACGACAGCAACUAUAAGAAUCGAUGUAAUCGAAUGCGUUCGAUGUGUGAUGGAAUUCCCGAAUCUGUUUGCAAAGCACGAUAUCCUGUGCAUAUAACCUGGCAGUACAUCGCUAUACCAAAGGGAAUCGUCAUCUCAUCGCAUCGACCAACCAUCACUCUUUUUACUAUCAAGGGACCAUCCCAUAACGACUCCAUCGUCCAAUUUGAGCUUAACCUCAAACGAGCUAUUCCU